AUGGAAUCUGAGGAGUGUCAAAUUUACCAAUACGAAAUUUCUCAAAAUGUCUUUUUGCAGUCGAACCUGCAAAAUCACUCGAAAUUCUUCCUAUUCCUCAACGAUGCCCUAAAUCCGUCGAUCUUCUUCAACUUUCUCCUGCCAAUCGUCUCCGGGAUGGACAAGGAUGUGUUCCUGAGGAUGACUCUUGGCGGUUUGGUGGCGGAUUACUGCAGUUUGCUGAUGAAGUGGUUUCUGUCUGAGCCUCGGCCGCAUUGGUGGAUUCAUGAGAACGAUGGGAAGCGCCUGAGGCUGCAGCAAUUCGACGGGACGUGCGAAUGCACUCCCGGAUCGCCGUCCAGCGAAAUUAUGAUCACCGCUGCGCUGUUCUUCAUCCUCAUCAGCUCACUCGAGAAGCGAUGCAGCUUGACAAAGUGCUGCAAUCGUCUUCUUUGGACAUCCUUCGUGGCUCUGAUGAUCCUCCAGACGAUCGGCCAGAUGUUCCUGGGGCUGCACUUCCUUCAUCAAUGCAUCCUGGGAGCAAUUGCAGGAACCAUCAUUGGAUGCAUCUUUUCCUCCCCAAAGUUCAUCGACAGUGUCUUCAACUUGUCCAGAUACAAAUCUUCUCUCCUCGUCAUCGGGAUGUUUGCCACUGACUGUGUGACAUAUUCACUGUUGGAAUUCUUUGGAGUCGAUCCGAAUUGGUCAACGAGAAUGUCUUUCAUGUAUUGUGAAAAUUCUGACGCAAUUUUGCCAGAGUCGCUCAUAAUUUAUUCUCUGAUGAGGAAUUUGGGAAUCUUUAUCGGACUAACAGCAUUUGUGCCGCUCAGCAAUUGCAGGCCAUGCGUUGUCGAUUGCUGCGUGUCUUCCUUGUACACCAUCGCGAAAAUCACUGUUGGACUGCUCAUUUUCCACUAUAUGCCUCGACAUCAGGGAGUCUACAUCUACUACAUAACCACAGUGACUUUCUACGCUAUGUACUACUUCCUUUUGUACGGCAUUUUCAAGCUGAAAUUACCGACAAAACUCAAAUUAUUCGCGGGAAAGGCGGGAAGUGAAUAA